AUGGAAAAUGACGAAAGAAUCAACUGGACGCAGGCGAUACAGUUUUGGUACGACGAGGUGGAUGACAUGCCCAACACCUUCGUCGGGAGCUUCAACAGCGUACCCCCGUCCGGCAAGGUCAUCGGUCAUUACACGCAGCUCGUGUGGGGUGAGUCGUACGAAAUAGGCUGCGGCGCCGUGCACUUCACCGACGGCGGGACGAGGAAGAUUUACGCCUGCAACUACGGGGCGGCUGGGAACAUAUUGACUAGGCCAUUGUACGUGAUUGGGGAUCCGGCGUCCCAGUGCCCGGGCGCCGUGUCCGCUACGUACAGCGACCUUUGUGCUUAGGUCCAGGCGCUUGUGUGUUGAUGGAUGAGGUCUUUGCAUAAGGAAGUCUUUAAUACAUGGGUACAUGACCCGUAUAUUGCUUAAAAUUUGAAAGGAACCGAAAAAAAAAUUAUGGUUCAUUCACUGAAGUUCUGAAUCAUCUUGCUAUUACUUAAAUUACCCUUUGAAGUUGUGAGUAUAUUUGGUGUAUAUCAAAAUUAGUCAUUGAUUUGAGGUUUAAGUGAUUAAUAAACUCGU